AGGCCCCUUCCCUCUGCCCUGUCGCCCCGAUACCGAUCCGUUGGAUGGGUUCCGGGAAACCGGUGCUGUGAUCCCAAAUCCUCAAAUUCGAGAUACCCUCUCAUCCCACACCGUUCUGUCCAAACAUGGAUGCGUCGCAGCUGCCCGUGGCCGGCGCCUCGGAAGGCGCAAGUCAGGCGCAUCUGGAGCAACCCCAGAGCUUCGAUGCACCCGCUCCCGCAAGCUUCGGACUGGCGGGACCAGACGAGUUCGCAACCACAAAUGGCUACAGCAGCGACUCGCGCGCCCACUACUCCUCCCACGAAUUCAACUCCCCCGCCCGCGAUUACCACAAUGAAAACGAGCAACCUCGACAAAACUUCUCCCCGCUGGCCCAUCAACCACAGUCGCUAGUGUCAUCCCGACCCAGCUCGGAAAUGUCCAACGGCCUGUCUCAGCCGACCCAAGAUGUGAGCCAGAAGCAGCCGUCACAACCAGCCAAGAACAGCGUGGUGAUCAAGGUGGGGAUGGUUGGAGAUGCACAGAUCGGAAAGACCAGUCUGAUGGUCAAGUAUGUGGAGGGCAGUUGGGAUGAGGAUUACAUUCAGACUCUCGGUGUGAACUUCAUGGAGAAGACUAUUUCCAUCCGAAACACCGAGAUCACCUUCUCGAUUUGGGAUCUCGGUGGCCAACGCGAAUUUGUGAAUAUGCUUCCUCUCGUCUGCAAUGACGCCGUCGCGAUUCUGUUCAUGUUCGACCUCACGCGCAAGAGCACCCUGAACUCGAUCAAGGAAUGGUACCGUCAAGGUCGCGGGUUCAACAAGACGGCCAUUCCUUUCCUCAUCGGCACAAAGUACGACCAUUUUGUCAACUUCCCCCGCGAAGACCAGGAGGAGAUCUCGAUCCAGGCGAAGCGGUUUGCCAAGGCCAUGAAAGCCAGCUUGAUUUUCAGCAGUACCAGCCACAGCAUCAACGUGCAGAAGAUCUUCAAGAUCGUCCUAGCCAAGGCGUUCGACCUCAAGUGCACCAUUCCCGAGAUUGAAAACGUCGGCGAGCCCCUGCUGCUGUAUAAGAACGUCUAAGUCACGACAAACGAGUGGGAUGAACGAUUAUGUGUUUGGGACGAUGUGAUGUUGAUGAUCGAACUUUCCCUACGUUGGGCUGUAGGAUACGGUGAUCUGGUGCCGAGUCCUGGGGAUCAGAAGCGACUGGUCUGUUGGUGUCCUCGCUACUUUCUGUCUAUUUCUGUCUGUGUCUUUUCCUCAUAAGCAUUGGGAUGCGCUAGGAUUUCCUUCGUGUUGAUCACUUCUCUUUGUUCUUUCAUUUCCUUUCGCUUUCAUUGUGUUAAAUUCCCCACAUUGUUCCUUUUCUCUUCUUUGAGCCCGUCGCGGUCUUUGGGACUGCCGAUGGAGCAGGAGUGCUCGGUUACAGCAUUGGCCUGAUAUAUUUUCUUGAUUGUGUCAUUGUCUUUGCACUCAGUGGAAAUUUCCUAUGUUUGAUAGUCUAAUUUCGAGGUCGGCCUAUGGAAAUACAUACAGUCAGUCCAUUCAGAUACCAGUGCUAUUAUA